AUGACACCCACAUCCACCAUUGGCACGAAUGGGUUGCUUUAUUAUCUAUUGCGGUUGGUGCUUGUUUGGAUAGCCCUGUGGUAUCUCGUGUAUUUGGUCACCGGCUUCCACCUCCAGACAAUUACAAUCAACAAUGGGAUAUCCUUCAACGGAAUCACGGUAAAGACGAAAAAAUUACAGAUCAAGAUUAGAUCGCUCCGGUUUCGAUUGUGGGGGAACUCCAAAUUGACCAUUGUGGAUGAAUUGAGCGUCAAGCUAUAUCCUAGGGAUAAACCGAAAAAGACAGAUACAAAGACAAAGACAACAUCCACAACAGAAAACAAGUGUGAUGGCUCGAGUGAGCAGAACUCAUCUGGAGGCAGCAGCAACGACUCGCACAUUUGCCUAUUUCCUCAGCGCCGGAUACUCAAAUCCAUAGUGGGCUUGCUUUUGCGCAACUUCCCCAAGGUUGACCUCGAGUUGAGAAACACAAACAUCAUAUCUGCAUUCAACUAUACAACCACAAUCCAAUACCUCAGAUUCGACUUGAGUUCCAGAAAGAGCCGAAGACACGAGGACAAAAUCAAGUUCAACACUGGUCUUUCAGUCAACGAGGUUUCGCACAAGAUUGUGCCUGGGGACCAAGACCGAAUCCCAUUCCAGUUGGGUGCAUUCAGACUCGAUAUCAAGUUUCUGAUCGAUAAGCGCUCGGGAGUGCUCGACUCCUUGAUUGGCAAAGUGACAAUUUCAGAUGCAUACGUGCUGGCUUUCAAUGCUAUCAAGUAUUAUCUUUGGCACGACGAGUUGAAGCAAGAAGAUGCCCUGGCGGAAGCUGAAACUGAAACUGAAACUGAAGCUGAAGCAGACCAAGAGCCUAGUGGCGAAGGUAAGCGGAGAAAAGGAAAGCUAGACAAGUUGGAGAAAACUUUGAGAUAUCUCUAUUAUCUCGUAUCUGACAUCACCAUUCAUCUCGAAAACGCCAAGAUAUCGGAAUUGCCAUUUGUUUUAAUCAACGACAACUUGAGCAUCAAAGAAUACUACAAGAAACUGCGACCGAAAACGUCGUUGGAGUUCUUUGCCAAAUCGUCAUCAUUUAACUUGACUCGAAUAUUUGAAGAUGCCGCGGGGUUUCAAGUUCUUUUCAAUCCAAAAACAGACCAUCCUUUCCACUGGACGUGCACCGUGCAAUUGGUCAAAUUCUUCUUUGUGCGAAGAGUCAAAUUACCCACUGGCCACUUUGGGCAUGAGACUGAUGAGAUUUUGAAUAUCCCGAAUCUUUCCUACACCCACAAGACCAAUUUAUUUGGACAGCUAGUAAGAGACCAGGGUUUUAAAAACUGUGUUAUGGAGACCUACUUUUCGGCAAGCACUCCCAUAUUUGAUAUCGACGCUUGGCAGUUGAGUGCUAUUCUUUAUAACUUGGUGUUGCUUAAAAAAUGGACUCAAUUGAAAAAACUACGCAAGAGCUCCGGUAACGGAAAGGAAGUUCUGGCGAACAGCAGGGGAAUUGACUCCACUGGCAAAGAUCAACAACAAAAGCCACCCACCGAGGUCGAAUCAUUAAAGGAGAAAAUAUGGAACUACGUUUACGAGUACUAUCCACGAUUGGAUAUCAAAGUGGUGGUUGAACAACCAAGAUUGGUCUUGCGGCAUCACGUGCCGGGUAAGAAUACCCAAAUCUUGAGCUUCUCCUACUCCUUGCUAAAUUUCAAUUUGUCAACCACAGAAUCGAGAGAUUACUCAUCGGUUUUUGGAAUCUUGUACCCCAGUAUUCUUUACCACGAGAAAUCCGCUCUCGAUGCACCGGAUUUCAACAAUGAAAUCAUCAAGAAAUACAUUGCCAAGUCGGAUUACUUUAACAUCAAGUUGGACAUUUUCAAAAACUUGACCUUGAAGGCAUCUGUGGAAUUGAAUAAAACUUUUAUCAAUUUGACAAAUUUUGAAAUCUUUAAAGGAAUCCAUUCAUUGUUGAUGGACGUGACAAAAUUAUCCGAGACUGAUUUGCAAAUUGGCGUGAUCAACAAGGCAUUCAAUGAGGAAAUCGAUAGUAUCAGGGAAAAGCUCAAAAGGCGUGUGAGCUCUGGACAGCAGCACGCCGGAGCCUCUGAAAGUGUCAAGAAUACUACAUUGGAAGAGAAACUCUUUAAAUACUUGCCAUCUUGGGUGACCCAAAUAGACGUCAAGAUUGACUCAUUUGACGCGCUCAUUGGAGCCAGGUCCGUUUUGAUACCCACGGCCGACUUGUUCCGCUCAAACCUGCCUGAAAAUAUAUUGGACUAUGAUACAGACAAGAACAAGGACUUGAGAAAAGUCAAUUGGAGAUUCAAAUCGUACACAACAACGAUUUUGAAUCACGCGGCGCUGAGCUUGCUCCGCAAACGUAGCCCCAGCAUGAGCUCACAUGACUCGGAAGAGUCCCUGAAAUUACUGGACUCGCUGGAAACGCUUACUUCUUUGCAUGAAAACUCGUAUUGGUCGGUGUAUUCGAAUUUGAAGGAGUUGCAACUUUUGAUGCCCGAUGAUAAUAGUGAAAAACACUCGGCAACGAUUCCAUUCUUUGAAAUUCCGUCUGUUGAGUUUACGGUGAACUCCUUGUCUACCAGCAACGACCAAAACCAGCUAGUGCUCAAUGCGGAUAUGGACAAAGUAGAUGUCAACUUCAACAUGUACAAGUUAUUCACGUUGGUUGGAUCUAUCUAUCUAAUUCGGGAGUUUAUCAUUUCGCCUCUCAAGUUGAUCAAGCUGAAAGUCAGAAAGGAUAUGAAAAAAUUCGACAAUGACGACGUUGGAGGCGAAACGCCAAAGUUGCAACAAGCGGCGCCAUCAAAGUCACUUUUGGACUUUUUGCUUUUAAAUUUCACGCUCAAUAACCUGGAUUUCAAUCUCAAAUUAUCCGAAGACUUUACAUUGAGACUUCAAUUUUCAGACUUGCAGAUCGACUUGGCUCACAAAAGAGCCAAGCUUGCGCUUUUUUUCAUCCGUUUACUUGCUAACUCUCCAAUUGUGGAGCACAAGUGGUGCCGCUUGUUAUGCCUAGACUCGUUAGCAGUCGGUGCAGAUAUACCACAAGUCCGCGAUGAUUUAGUCAUCAAUGUAUCUACAGAUGCGAUUAGAUUGAUACAGCCUCACAACUUUGUGGUUUACAAGUUGUUUCAAAAUGUUUCGAUAGUGCAGAAGCUGGCUAAGCACUUGAUUAAGCUCCUCCAAGCUGGCGACGACAAAGAAGGAGCCAAUGUGGUUCAUCCUCACGCACAAAAUCCCGUGCCGUUACCCGCUAUCAAGAUCAAGAGCAGGCACUUGAAAUUUGCCAUGGAAGACGACCCCUUUGAGACCGAGUUGAACAUGAUAUACCAGCUAGGUCUUGUUGAGCAGAGGAAAAGACUCGAUCUUUACGAUAUCUUUGAAGCAAGGGAAAAACAGCGCGGCGACAGUAAGGACUACUUUGACAAGCUCAAUCGUUUGCAAAUAACGAUUGCACGGUCGUGGAUUCGAAAAGUGCACACUUAUCAGCAAAAGUUGCGCCAGGAGGUAACGGCUCACAAAUGCUACCUCUUUGGCAAUGAGACAAGGUUUGACUCGGACUAUAACAAGGAUGUUGUUGCCUACCCGUACCGUGCUCCAUUAUUAACAAUCGGCUUUGAAGAUUUAAAUUUGGAAAUUGAAAGACCGCAGUUUGGAUUGGACCAUGUUGCCGAUUUUAUCCAUGACAUUGGCCAAGGAGUACCAAAAGACACAGUGUACUCGUUGUGCGUUCCCAUGUUGAUGAACUUGAAAGUUGCCGAGAUGCGAAUGCAGCUUAGGGAUUACCCACUCCCCUUGUUCCACUCACCGCGAUCCAAGGAUCCACUUAGUCCAAGUUUACUGUUGACUGGACCGUUGAUAAUCACGGAACAGAUGGUGACGGCCGAUGAAAACUUGAACAAGAUGGAGAUCCCCUUGGUUCCCGUUAAGGACGAGGACAAGGACAAGGACUUGAAUCGUUUUGAUUCCUUGCUAGUUGAAAAGACAAUGUCGAGCGUGAAGUUGUACACGAAUUUGCGCUGUCACUUUGACUCAGACUACCCAACGCGAAUCGUUUGGGGAACCUCGUAUCAAUUUGGAAUACAGCAGUUUAUGUUGAAGUUUGACUCGUUUUCCAAACCGCCACUCGACCCUUCGCCCAAGUUAGGAUUCUGGGAUAAACUCAAGUACAUCCUUCACGGGUACUGCUCAAUCAAGACCCGAACAAGCCUUGAGGUUGGAUUCAAAGGAUCGAGGGACCCAUACGACUUGUUGGGAACAUCAACCGGGUUUGUCCUUUGUUUUGAGAAUAAUGUGAUUUGGGAUAUCAACAGGGACGACGACCCAAGAACCUUUUUUGACAUUCACGCUGAAAAGGCCUCGUGGUAUAUUCCAAACUACUUGGGAGCGCCCUUGUUGGCAUGGACUAGAAACAGUCUUGAUUCUGUUUACUUGCCAGACUCGCCCAACUUUAUCAGUUCUUGUUUUGCAUAUUACCUCGAUGAUUCCACCACAAAGCCCGACUUGGACCGCUUGAAAGAUGUUUUCGCUAAGGACUGCAUCAGUUUGAGUGGAGGUAUAAGAUACACUGUGGGUUUUUUGUUACAGCGGAAAGUCGAUGGGAAAAGGGUGGAUUAUUUCAAACCGCAUUAUCAAGUCCAGCUUAUGAAUCCAGAUUUUUGCCAAGAGGGACACCACGACUCUUACGAAGGAUUCCGAAGUCAAUAUAUACACAUGGCGAUUUCGCUCACUGCAGAUCAUGAAAACACCUAUAACACCAUCCAUUUGAGUCCCGGUGCCUUUACCCAUUAUUUUGCAUGGUGGAAGAUGUUUGCUGGAAAUAUGAUGUUGCCCAUCAGAAGAGGGCCCAUAUUUGGCGAGACCAAGAACUCGGUCAAGUUCUCCCAGCACUUGUUCACAAACAAGUUCUCCUUUUAUCUAAAGUCGUUGUUCAUUUCCCACAUAUAUCGUGACGAAAUUGUUGAUGUCGACAAGGACAGAAUCGAGUGCGUGGGGCUCAGAGCCAGAGUCGACGAGUUUACUGUUGACUUGCACCAGAGGAAGCAGCCAGUGACGUUGUAUCACGAGACACUUUCCAAAAGCUCAAAAGUGUUAAAGAUGGUUUUCAACAUUGGUGAGGUUUCACUUGCCGGGAUCGACAUGCGCGUCGUUCACACAACUUUUCUGCAAAAUUUCUAUUCUCAGCGCGGCGACAAGUAUGAUGUCAACAAGCAAUCAAAGUACAAUAUCUUUGGUGGAGACAAGCAAUGGUUUGACAUUCGAGACUAUGAAGAGGCCUUCUUGCCAUCUGUUAAGGAGUGUCCUCGCACAGUUGUAAUAUAUCCAUUGGGGUAUUCGCGCAAGUUUACGUACCAAAGAGACACCGAGGAUGAUUCGAGCCACCUUGAAAAUGAGGACCCAUUUGGCAACGAGGAUAUACAUUUCUGCAGAUUAAACACUUCGAAUCCCGUUGAAGUCAGAAUUGGCAUCUUGAAACAACGGCUAGCAGCUUUGGAGCAACAUAUUCUGAAAGUCAAGGCGAAGAAAGGACGCUCGAUAAUCACAACACAGUUGGAAGAGAGGGCAAACUUCUUGCAAAGGGAGAUCCACGGCGUUACCAAGGAACAAAAGAUACUUUUCAAGCGCACGCCCACGAUGGCGUCGAUUGAACCAAAUGAGCAUUUCCACAACAAGUUUUCCUGGCUCAGUAUGCAACUUAAAUGGAACAUUAAAUGCCGGGAUUUGAUAUUGAAAUACUCCCAUUUUGUGCAGUUGAAAUCCAAUUUGAGGAAAUAUUUGUCGCACGACUCGAUUUCCAUGCUUGAUAAGGUGAUUGAUAAAGCAAACAAGAUGGCCGAGAGCGAUCUGUCGUCGCAUGAAACUCUGGAUCAGAUGGCGAUUGUGGGCGAUGCCAAUGUUUUCAAGUCAAAAACCAAAUCAGAAGAGAGGAGUUCUGGAGAACGAUUUAAAGCAUUCAACAAGAUCUUGAAAGAAGUCAACAAGGCAGAGUCGUUGGCUGAAGACUAUUUUAUUGAAAUUGUUGGCCCGCAGAUCCAGUUGCAGAGUGAUGAAGCACCAGACUCGGUUGUGAUUAUCUCUGCACCAAGCAUCAGCACCAAGAUUGUGUCGAUCUUGGACUCCAAGGAUGAGGCUUCUGCGGAUGUGUUGGAGAAGCGGUACGGUAACGUUCUUCGCAAGGCCAAUGUGUUUGUGUUGAACAAGAAAGACGUGCUUGAACUGGACAAUUUCAUCACUGUUGAGCACCCAUAUGGAGCCGAGUCCAACUGGCCGCCUUGGCUAGGGGCUGAAAUCACCGAUAAUGGCGAAUGGGCCGGCGAAAACCAGUUGCUUAUCAAGAACAUGUCAGUGAUGGCUUUGCUUUACGAGACGGAAGUCUUGGGAUCCAAACUAGCAAAGAUGAAUAAUGAUGCUGGUGGUGGUGCCACUACUGAUAAUAGCACUACUACUCCAUCCCAUGGUGGCGAAUCUGGACUCAACAACGCCAAGGGCCUAGAGGCGCCGAGAAGGCUAAAGAUUGACAUGCCGUCCAUCAUUUUGACUUCGACAUCGACUCAAUAUUUCACACUAUACAUGAUAGUCAUCAGCUUGCUAUUCUACAGCGAGCCCAUGAGCAAAUUCAUCAAGGACAAGAUUGAAAAGAUGAAAUUUUCCAUAGAUUUCGACAACAUUCACUCGAUCUCGGAGCAAAUACGGCAAAUGCAGGCAUAUUACCACGUAUUGAGGAGAUUGACAACCAACUACAGCUUCAGGGCUGGCCAUCUCAAUAACGAGGCCUUGAAUGAAUAUUUGCAAAUCAACCUUCAAAGUGCAGACACAGCCAGCGACGUUUAUUUAAUGUUGCGGACUUUAUUCACGGGAGACUUUUUUGACGAUGCGUCAAAUAACCCGCAAAUGUCGUGGUUGAUCCGAGCAGAUGAGCUCAUUUUGCAUAUUUUGGAAGACGACAGGACCCCGAUCUUGGACUUGGCGAUGGCAGAUGGCGUUUACGAAAGGAAGGAGUUGGAAAGUGGGUCAAACAUUAACAAGAUCCAAAUAGGAAUGAUGCAGGGUUUCAAUUUGAUCAAAAACGCGCGGUAUCCCGAUUUCAUUAGUCCCUUUGAUUUGGGCAAAGACCAGUUGAAAAACUUGGUUGACUUGGAGUGGACUAUGAAUCGAUCCGUGGGUGGAAUCAAGAUUGUCGAAAACAUUCAAUUGAACUCGUUACCGUUGAACAUCAAGAUUGACGAGAUCACUGGUAAGAAGCUUUUAAAGUUUAUAUUCCAGAGUGACUCUCUUGAUAUUAGAGAGAGCAAAGUGAUGAAAUUGACCAACAAUACGCAGGCAAAGAAGGAGAAAAUUGAGGACUCGCUGGACAAGGAGGACGAGUUUGGGUUUAUGCUUGAAACCCAGGGAGCUAAUAAGAGCUCCAAGUUGGACAAGGGUUUGAAGCAAGAGCAACAAAGCAGUACUCAAAGCUCACAAAGAAAGUCGAGACUCAAUUUGACAAAAGUUUCAGAUAAGCAGCCGCUGACGAUUAAGGAUCCGCAGGAUGAUGACGAGCAAAUCGAUGAGAUGGUUGAAAGAUCGAAAAAGUACUUCUCCGUUAUUUCAUUGGUGAUCAGAGCCAUUACCUUGCGAAUCACAAUCAGAUUGAACAAGGGCUUUAGAAGAAUUUUGAAUGUAAACAAUUUCAAACUAGAUCUACCCGAGUUGAUCAUCAGAAACAGGAUCAUCUCGUUUGUCGACUUGACAGAUAUGAUGAAGAGAAUCAUCAUCAAGACCUUGAUGAGCCAUCUCGGUAAAUUGAUAUCUAACAAGUUCCAAAGCAGCGCUGAUGACCCUGAUGCUGAUCUAGGUCUGUUGAGACAGAUUAAGCAUUACGACAAGUUCACGCCAAUAAAAGCAUUAACCGUGGCUGAUUCAUUUACAGCAUCACCCACAGCACCAGCAACACCAUCACCCCGAAGUUAG